UACAGUGAAGUUUCAAGAUGAAAAUCUCAAUCAUUUUUAUUUUAAUCUUCUUCAUCACUUCAUCCUGGUCUCAAGAUGAAACAGUGUUUCACUGCUCACCUAAACCGGGCUGUAAUAUUGCACAAUGUGAUUCCGUUGCAGUAGGAUUGGACAGACCAGGUUUCAACAUCGAUAACCAUCUGCAUGACAAAGAGUAUCCGAUAACAUGCAAGUCCAAUAGUACUGUUCUUAGCUGGCUUGAUCUCGCAGCCAGAAAUUUGGAUAUCACAAAUAUCAGAAUAGGAUUGGAAAAUUUGGAAGAUAAAUUUUAUGAAAAAAUUGAGAGUUUCGGGAAAGAAAUUUCUGAAAAUAACGAAUCUCUCAACCAAAUUGGAGAUCAAUCUACUAAAAUAAACAAUCUAAUGAGGAGAACCACGAAGCAGUCUGAUGAGAUCAGGAAAUUGAAAAAAGACUUGGUUGAAAUCCGAGAAAUGAAUGAAAAGUUGGUAGAAGACAACGAAAAAAUGAAGAAAGCGAUAUCCCAGAUUGAACGAAAACUUUCCGUUAUGGAAAAGCCUCUGCAUGCUCAAAAUAGAUCCGGGCAGAUCACCAGACCAACAAAAAAUACUAACACAACAUUGAAACCAACAACGAAGACUCUAACAACAAUGGAACCAACAGCAAAGACUAGAACGACAUUGAAACCAACUCCUCCUCCAGAAAACUGCAAAUUAAAGGUUGGAAACAUCUGCUAUUUCCUUAUGAUGCCAGGUAAAUGGGAUGUCGUCUACAAAAAAGCAGUUGAUAUUUGUAAGAAACUUAACGCAAAUGUUGGCUUGAUUCGAAAUAUGAAAUCUUACAAUGCAAUAAUGAAUUACUUGAGAAGGAAUAUUCCGGAGGGAGAGCAUGAAAUUUCGAUAUGGACAGGAAUGAAGUUUAAUCCAAUGAUUGGUGACGUCACACCUGCAGAUUCAUUCAUUAAAUGGUUUCCAGGUGAUCCAGUAAAGGGAACUGAUUAUAAAGAUCGUACAAACGUUUAUAUCAUUGUUGAUUCCAACACGAAUGCUCAUUAUCAAGGAAUGGUGAAUGUUCCUCCUACCUGGAAGAAGCAUGGAGUGAUUUGUGAGAUACUGAUAUAA